AGAAAGAAGUGAGACAGAGAAGCACGAUGGAUGAAUUCAGAUGGAUUCAAAUGUUUUUAUGUCUGAUGCUGAUGAUUCAGAUUGCAGUCUUCUCAACAGUAUCUGUAAAUGAAACAUCCAUGUUUAUGAAAGUUGGAGGUGACGUCACUCUGCUUUGUCUAAAUGUGAUAGAUGAGCAGAAUAACUGUGAUGGUACUACGUGGACCUUUACUCCAAGAAACAGAGAAACAGUAGAGCUGAUCACACUUGGACAGAUUGGUGAAGAAGCCAAAACUAAAUCAGACAGACUGAGUGUUACAGCGAACUGUUCUCUGCUUAUAAAGAAGCUCACAGUUGAGGAUGUUGGUUUUUAUUCCUGUCGACAAUACAAAGUCGAGGAAACACCAUCUAAACACACUCUGGUUCAUCAGUCUUUGGUUGAUCUCUCUGUUAUUACCUUGACUGAACAUAAGGACACUGAUAAGGUGAAGUUAAGCUGCUCUGUGGUGACAUAUGCAGAGUGUCAUCACACAGUGAAGUGGCUGCUUAAAGGUCAAGCUGUGGACAAAGAGAACAAACAAAUAGUGACUUCACAGACUGACUGCUCCACCACUCUGUCUAUUCUGGAGCAUCAUUACUUUAACUCAUCACAUCAUAAAAUACUGAAGUGUGAAGUGACUGAUACUAAAACAGGAAAAGUGCAGCUGUUUACCUUCAGCCGUCAGACCUCAGGUGAGGAAACAGGUGACACAAAAACAACAAAGAAACCAGACAGAAAAACUGAAACAACCACAACAAUUAAGACGCUUCUAAAAUCAGAUGAUACAACAACAAAAACUGUGGAAAGUGAAAGCACGACAGCAAACAACAAACCGUCAGGAGAUUCACAACAUGGUGUCCUGUGGUUCAUCAUUCCAGCUGUGGGUUUGGUCUCACUCUUGAUAGUUGUUGUGUUUUUCAUCAGAUGGAAGAGAACUAGAGGAAACAAAACACAGAUGGAUGAAGAUGCUGGACUGAGUUUAAACCCUGCAGAGACUCGGUCUGCUCCUCAAACCAGUCAGGACUCGGUGGAUCCUGAAGUUUCCUACGCUACCAUCAGCUACACCAAGACCAACAAUAAAGUUCGGGUUCAGGGUGAUGAUGAAGGUGAUGCAGUGACCUACAGCACUGUGAAGGCUCAUUCCUCUUCUGUUGCAGCCACUGCUGAUCCCAGCAGCCUCUACUCUACUGUCAGUUUUUCAGCCACAUAGUUCAAGUUGUUGACAAAAAGGACUCGCAUUUAAGUGAAAGACUAAUUUUGUGUUUGCAUACAACAGAUUGAUAGCAACAUGCUAAUUAACGUAAAUGAUUAGAUAGAUACCAUAAUUAUAACAAAUAUUUGGUUUCAAAUCCAGAAUCCUGCCUUUAUAGCCUCCAUUAAAAUUAGCAAUAAACUAUAUAAAUAAAUGUAAAUAGAAACUUUUUGUUUAUUUUCUUAAUGAAAUCAGACCAGUGUGUUUCUUUAAUGUAAUCCAAAUGUGAAUAUCUAAAUGCAACCACAAAGCCCUUUGUAAAUAUUAUUGAUGUAGUUAUGCAAUUAUAUUUUACAAUAUUUCAUAGUAAAAAACUUUUCUGCAAACAUUUUUACAAUGUUAAUAUAUUUGUAACUUACCAAAAAAUAGAAAUUGGUCCUGGUUAGUGCAUGGAGUCUGGUGUAAUGCUGAGCCUUAUUUUAUAUGUAUUGUUUCAGUUCCAGAGUUUUGGUGUCCGUUUUGAUGACCAAGAUGAAGUCUUGGUGGGUUUUUUCUAUUAUUAAGAGUUGGUGUCUUUUUCUUUUCUUUUUUAGAUCCCUCAGGGUUUCCUCUGUCUCAUCUCCAUCCUUUACUCUCUCUGUUAUCAUGUUUAGUGCGAGUCCUGGCUCUAGUUUUAGUUCCCAUUUAUUUCCUGUUGUACUUUGAAGUUGACUGUUCUUUCAUAUCUCGCAUUAGUCCUAUUCGCUCUGCCCUGAUUGUCUUCAUCUGUGUUUAUCCUCAACCUCAACUAGUCCUCAGUGUAUAUAAAGUCCUGUCCUCCCCCUUUAUCUUUCCCUCAUUUGUUAAUCUUGUGAUUCUGGUGUCACCUUGGACUUUUGCUCAGUUCCUUCCACAUUCAGUUCUCAAUCUUGUUUUUGUUACAUUUUAAUAUGAGCAGUUGAAUAACAUUUUUUAAAGUCUACUGUGUACUAUUUUUUUCUGCACAUAA